GCAAUUCAUUUGUGCACUUGCAAGUCAUGCUGGCGCAAAUAGUAAAAUUUCUCUUACUUCUCUCAACUGUGCAGCUUUUGGAUGCGACAUGCAGUCCAUCAACGCAGCUGCUCAACGACUUGACAUUCCAGCUUAGUGGAUCAAGCCUUGAGUGGCCGUGUCAGUCAACAAAGAACAUUUAUGUCCAAUCAGGUCGCUACACACCUAAAAAUAUCAUCAUGACUAGAUCGCAGAUCCACCGAGAUGAAGCUUUUGUGACACUACCGCGACUCAAGCCUGGAGUUCCAUUUACACUCGGUAAAAUUUCAAUGAGACGUGGACAGUGUCAGACAUCAGUGACUCCAUAUCCAUGUUGGAGUUUACAGGAAGAAGGAAAUUGUCAGGCAUUGCAAUCAGCUGUCGACUUGUUCUUAGAUGGAAAUGACAUUUUGUGGGUAUUGGAUGUUGGACUUGUUCAUACAUUGGAUCAACCAGUCAGAAGAUGUCCACCAAAAGUUGUUGGAAUCAAUGUCAGAACUGGACGUGUUGUACAGAACAUCGACUUGAGUAGUGUCAUUGUUGGUAAUUCGAGGCUGCAGCACUUAGUUGUCGAGUACGAUGAGGCUGGAAAUGCUUUCAUCUACAUUGCCGAUGCAGGAAGCCGCGCUAUCCUUGUCUGGGACGUAAGCAACAACCGAUCAUUCCGUGUCGUUCUUCCAAAUGCUUGUGCUGGAGUUCAAGGAGGUUCUGAUGUUCUCUACAUCCUCUUGGUCCAAAAAUCAUGCGGAAAAUACAUUUACUUCACUUACCUCAAGUCCACUCGUCUGUUCUCAAUCAAGACAGAACAUUUAAGAAAAGGAGUUGGUUCCAGUGCCGUUGUUGAUAUUGGACCAAAGCCACAUAGUCUUCAAAUUGUUCUUCUUGGAACUGACAAUAAGUCUGGAGUCUUUAUGAGAUACAAAGGACAAUCUGACAUCUACAUGUGGGAUGCUGAGACGUGCUUUAAAGCAUCAAACUUUAUUGAAGUACAGCGAGGCAGUGAUUGUCGAUUAGCAACUCAGGUUAUGCCUGGAUAUCGACGUCAUAUGUGGACUAUUGAGAGCAACUUCCAGGAUUAUAUUUCAGAGAGUCUUGGAUGUGUUGGAGCUUCGAUUGUUAUUCAUCCUGUUUUUAAGAAUGAUUAGGAGCUGUUGGGGAGUUGUUGAGGAGGUUUUGGAAGUGCUG